UCCUUCCUUGAGGUAUUAACAUUCCUGGGAAAAAGGGUUUACUUUGUUCCCUCAGGGUUCUCGUGUUGCUUAACUAAAACCGGGUCCAAGCAACACAGUUAGCAAAAAGAUAUGGAGGCCCUUGUAGAUACUUUUCUUGGAAGGAAGUUCAAGACCUCCCGAUUCAAGAUUCUAGCAAAACUAGCAAUCUCUAGGGUUGCCAUCCUCAGGAACCAAAGACAAGUCCGGUAUUCCCAUGCAAAGUCUGAUGUUGUUGAGCUCUUGAACCUUGGCCAUCAAGAACAAGCUCUUCUUCGUGUUGAGCAUGUGAUCAAGGAGCAAAAUAUGAUGGAUACAUUUGCUAUGAUAGAGGACUAUUGCUACCUUCUUAUAGAUAGGGUUAUGCUCCUCAAGAAGGACAAGGAAUGUCAUGAUGACCUCAAGGAGGCGAUUUCAAGCUUGAUCUUUGCAUCUUCCAGAUGUGGGGAAUUUCCAGAACUGCAAAAAAUUCGUGCAAUUUUUGUUACAAGAUUCGGGAGAGAAUUUGCUGCUUGUGCUGUUGAGUUGCGCAACAACUGUGGAGUGAAUUCUAAGAUUAUGCAAAAGCUUUCAACACGACGGCCAAGCUUGGAAAGUAGAUUGAAAGUCCUGAAGGACACUGCUUUUGAGAAUGGUAUCGUCCUGAAUUUGGUGGAAGAUGCUUCUCUUGUUGUUGAGGAGAAAUUGGAUGUCAACCAAAAGCAAAAGCAGCAAGAAUCUUAUAAAUCAGUUAAAUUGCAAGAUACUGAGCCUGAAGAUGAAACCCACGUUUUGCCUGAGGAGUUGAUCCCAGGUGAGCAGUUAUCUGCAUCAUUGAAAGCAAGAAAGAAGUAUAGAGAUGUAGCUGCUGCUGCUCUACAGGCCUUCGAAUCAGCAGCUGAUGCAGCAGCAGCUGCAAGAGCUGCUGUUGAACUCUCUAGAUCCAAAUCUCAGGACACUGAUCAAGAUUAUCACAGUGGUUGUAGCCAUGGGGGAACCAAACAUGAUCUAGAGGACAGAAAAAACUUGAAUAAUGCAUCGAUUUUUGAAAAAAUCCAUCCAAUUGACAACACUAGUUCAGAAUCAGAAGGUGAAGAUCAUCUCAAAGCUUUGUCAAGGAGCAAAAAUAAGCCUGGGCUAAUAGGCAGGACACCAUAUACUUUAAGUUCAGAUUCUAACAGAAACACUCCAUCACUAAAGCACCAGGACUUGGAUUCUUAUAUAAAGCCUAGUUUUCCCACAAAUGAGAUCCAAAAUAUUGGUCAGUACAAAGCAGAUGGCGAGGAAUAUAGUUCAGAUAAGGAUGGGAGUAAGACUCCAUACAGAUCCCCAAAGUGGAUUCUACGGAAGCCUUAAUCUGAUUCCAUGGUAAAUCCCAUGGAAGGAAUAUCUAAGUUGAAUGACACACAUAGGGCAAAUUUGGCAGAGCAAUUAAAUUCAAAGCACUCAAGACUAGACAGGAGGCCCCUAUCAAUGAGAACUAGGAAGUACAGGGGGACUGAAAAGUAGAAAUGAUGAGAAGUGCAAUUUAUUUUUUCUUGGUUUCUGAGGUUCAAUAUCAAACACAUUUCUUUAUUUAUAAAAAUAAUCAGAUGACAUGUAGUUGAAUAAUGAAAUAAAGAUUCAAAUUUUUCUA